AUGUCCCAAGAAUCAAAGCAACACCUACUACAGCCAGGCGGCGCAGGCGAUUCGGAGGACGACCCGGAGCUGUCGCGUGACGAGCUGCUCGGACGACGGAAGACAGGGAGGCGCUUGUUCUUCAAAUCCUUCUUCUUGGUCUCAGUCCUCGCGGUGGCUUGCAUCUGUUCCUUCUGGGCUGGAACACAAGUGCCCAUGCCAAAGGUGUCGGUGGACGCGGAAUGCGCAGCACACACAACCCAAUGGUCUCCCGUCCUGAGGGACGUGGCCGUCUCGUACGAGACCCAGGUGUUCAACGGCUCGUUUAUGAGAGAAAACAUUUACAGACAGCAAGGCUCUCCAGAGGUAGAUGAAGCCUGGGAAGACCUCGGGGUAGACUAUCGAGCCGGAAUCAUCUCGUACGAAGAUGGCUUGCGCAGCGGAUUGCAGCCUUCCUUUGUCCAGCGAGCGGCCAAGUACGGCGGAGGGUUUCUCGUCAACGUCGAAGGAAUGCACCACUUGCAUUGCUUGAACCUCGUCCGAAAGUCGCUCUACUUCAAUUACGACUACUACAAGCAACUCGGCAAGCACGAGUUUGUAAACGGAGAUGCCAUCCUCCGCCCUCACAUCACCCAUUGUCUCGACGUGAUUCGGCAAGUCUUGAUGUGCAAUGUCGACACAGGGGUGCUCGGUCAGGUGUGGGCCAACUCGGAGAGCCCUUUUCCCUUCCCCGACUUCAACACAAACCACAAGUGCAAGAACUACGGAGACGUGAGAGAGUGGGCGAUGAAUCUUCAGCGACCGCCCAACGACGAGAUUCCGGCCGACUACUUGGCCAAGCCGCGCCCAGGAGAUGUCUUCCCGUUGGUGCCAUGA